AUGGCAGACGGACUUAAUGAACAGCGGGCUGCGCGGGUCGCAGAGCUGCUCUCGGAUUUCCGGGUUCUCCAGCAUUACAUUGCCGCGGCUCCAGUAGAUCCUCAAGAUCAGGACGACUACUACGCAGAAGGCUGGGUCGCCCUACGACAAUGUUAUACCGAUGGCCAACAUGUCUUGAACUCCGCCGCCGAGACUCGAGUCCCAAGAGCGCGAGGCGGCCCCGAGGAGCAAGCAAAAGCCGAGCUGCAGCAGGUCCUGCCCGAUGCUUACGCGCGCCGCCAUGAAGCUCAGAAGAUCUACCUCCGUCAAGCCGCAGCGCAGCGAUGGAUUGACUGGAGAGAUCAGAUUUUGCAAGGCCAGAGGCCCCAUGCAGGACAUUCUGAGCAACUAGCGGCCUGUGAUGCGCAAUUGGAAGCUGAACUCGCAGCCAUCACAGACGACUCGGUUUACGCUGAUAUGAGGAAUUCGGACUAUCAGAUGGGGCGCUGGACGCUCGAGGAUCCGAGCUUACGACAAAUCCAGCAAUGGAUCAGAGCCAGGCGCUGAUUGAUUCAGCGUCUGGAUUAAUGGGAUCAAGAGGAUACGACUGAUGAGAAAAGUUAAAUGUAGGUAUUGCAUUGCAAGGAGCAAGGGAAAAGCAUGGAUGGUAUUGGAUCAUACCCGGGAGUAUCAGGGGCACACUCGGUUACAUUCUUCUGCCUGUCCUAGCGACUGGGCGCAUUACUUUUUCUUUUCUGUUAUGGGAGGG